UGACAAAUUGUUUUCAUUUUCAACUUGACUUUACCAUAUAACCUAUAAAUUGAGUUCAAAACUUAAAAAUCAAAUACUUUUAUUAGAAGAUGCUUUCAAUAGUAUUAAUUUCAUAUUAUAUUUGUUUAAUAAUUAAAUCAUAUUAAAAACAGCAUCAUAAUUCUUUUAGUACCUAUCUAAAUAUUGCAAAAUGUAAGUUUUAGAGAAAAUAAGAUUUGUGCUCAAGAACAGCGGAGUAUUAUACUAAUAAACAUGGCAAAUAAAGCAUUGAGCUUGAAGCAGUUUAUGCUGCGACAGCACGUUCUAAAGCUUUAUAGAGAUACUUUGAGAGCAAUAAAAAAGAUUCCAGAUCCCAGUGAUAGGAAAGAUAUGAAGGAUUGGGUGAGAUCUGAUUACAAGAAAAAUAUCAACUUAACAGACGAGUUUAAGAUCAAAAUGCUAAUAAAACACGGAGAAAAAUCACUGGACGAUCUUAGAAAAAGUCUCGAGCUUAGUCAUGCAGCAAGUUGACGUCAAUGAUUAUUUUAUAAAAAUAAUAUUACUGUAAUUUUUAUGUAAAUAAUAAUUUUUAGUAAAUUGUCUAUACUUUUAAACAAUAAAUAUCUAUUGGAAA